ACUGGUGAUGUCAGCAGGGAAGAGGUGGGAGGCCCGCCUUGCUUUUUCCUUUUUCCUCCCUCCCGCCUCCCACUCCUCCUCUUCUUCUUCUUAUCAGUGUGGUGAGAGAGAGAGAGAGAGAGAGAGAGGGAGAGAGAGAGAGAGAGAGAGAGAGAGAAAGGGGAUCAGUAGGCGAGUAGACGAGGGAUUAACAACUGUGACAGCGGAGAUGGGGGAAGAGAAAAAGGGAAAUAGGCCGGGAUAGAGAAGCGACGCAAACUAAGAGGAAACAGAUACAGUUACUCCCACCUGACAGAAUAAAUUAAGAAAAAAAAAUAGUUUACAAAAAGCGAGAAACUCAGAAAGUGUGUGCCACUCCACUCGGAGCGAGAAACUGGCCGCUGGUUUCUGGAAUUGGGUGGAUCCGUUGUUGGGAAGACUGGUCAUCAACCACCACAGCUACCAUGUACAGUGGAUAUGGAGGGAGUCCAUCCCGAACUCUCUCCACCAUGUCGCUGUCUGUUCGGCCUGUCAGACGCCUCACCUCCAGAUCCAUCACUAGGAGCCAGAGCUUCACUGGAGUCAACACCUACGACAAGCCCUACAGGAACCUCUCAGUGUUCAGCACUCCAGGUCUCAGCAGGAAGCCCAGCAGAGCCAGCAGGAUGUUUACUACGUCCAACAAAUCCAACCCGCCUCCUAAAGUCCCUCAACCAGAGCGGGUGGACGAGGUCUACGAGGCUCUGAAGACAGGCCUCCAGUCAUAUCUGCAGGUUCAUCAGAUGGACUUGGAAAAUCUCAGUAGACAGAUGAAAGAAUCAAAGAGGAACUCCAGACUGGGUUUCCUGUAUGAACUGGACAAGCAAGUGAAGAUGACUGAGAGGUACAUCAGACGACUAGAGUUCCACCUCAGCAAGAUUGAGGAGCUGUAUGAAGCAUACUGCAUGCAGAGGAGACUCAGGGACGGAGCCAACAAGAUGGUGAAGGCGUACACUGCCUCUCCAGGCAGUAAGGAGGCCAGAGAGAGUCUAGCAGAGGCCAACAAAGGAUACAAAGAGUACACAGAGAACAUGUGUGUGCUGGAGAACGAGAUGGAGAACCAGCUGGGAGAGUUCCACAUUAAGAUGAGAGGUCUGGCUGGAUUUGCUAGAUUGUGUGCUGGUGAUCAGUAUGAGAUUUUUAUGAGGUAUGGUCGGCAGCGUUGGAAGCUUCGAGGCAGAAUAGAGAUCAAUUCCAAGCAGAUGUGGGACAGUGAGGACAUGGUGUUUCUGCCUCUUAUCAACGAGUUCCUCUCUGUAAAGGUGACGGAGCUGAAGAGCUUAGCCAAUCACGUGGUGGUGGGAAGUGUUUCCUGUGAGACCAAGGACCUAUUUGCUGCUCUACCCCAGACCGUUGCUGUGGAUAUUAAUGAUCUCGGGACCAUUAAGCUAAGCCUCGAGGUCACCUGGAAUCCGUUUGAUAAAGACGACCAAGGGUCAGUGGCGAGCACUGUCAACAAAGCUCCAACUGUCAGUAAGAGAUUCUCAACAAUCUUCAACCAGAGUCCUCCUGACACGCCGUCUUUACGUGAACAAGCCUUCUAUAACAUGCUCCGCCGUCAUGAAGAGUUAGAGAAUGGAACAGCAUGGUCCAACUCCUCUGAAUCUUCAGAUGAUUCCUCCAGUCCUCAGCUGUCUGCAGGAGCGCUGCGCAACUCCACACAUCCCAAGGCAGUGGUGACACCAGAGGUCCAGCCGGCAGGAAGUUCCUACCCGCAGCCUGACAUCUCAUUUUGCCCCAGAGACUCCGCUUCCUCAACUCCAAACUCCACCCACAAAUCCAGCGACACUCCCAACACGUCCAAACACCAAGCAGACAGCAGCAGGGAAGAGGAGAAGGGUGAAGUCACUGGGACAACAAAACCUGAAAGUGAGGAGGAGGAUGCAGGGACUCAGUCUCCCAUAGAAACAGUGGAAGUAGGGGUGAGCAACAGCCACACCCCACGCUGCUACUCUCGCUCUCUGAGCCACAUUAGUGAAAGCAGCGCCGACGGUGUCGUGCUGACGGACAGGUCAACCGGCGAAUCAGGGGAGGUGAUGUCUGUGGCGUCUGGGAUCUCCAUCAACGACAUUGAAAUGGAGAUGCCGAGCAGAACUCCCGAACCGCCCGACUCUGUUGCCACGGACACCGACAUGUCACCAAAGAAGAUGGGCGAUACCGAGGAAAACACAACAGCUGUAGAUGUCACAGACAGUGAUGGACAACACCCAAUAGGAGAGGAACAGGAUACACUCAUUACUGUCCUCGCCUCCACCACUGCCAGGACUGACAGAGUGGACUCUAACACUUCAUCAGAAGUAAACACACAGCCAGAGCUGGAGUGCAGCACAGUGGAAGAGAGCGGAGAUGUGACAUUUGUGGCCCAUCGGGUGUCAGUGGACGAGGAGGGUGCAGGAGCAGACUGUCUGUCCAGAGAGGGUAAUAAGCUGGUGGACAGUGGGCUGGAGGACGCCCUGGGAAAUGUAGUCUCCUCUCUGGAUGAUUACAGAGGACAGUUCCCUGAGCUACAACUACUAGAGCAAGAACUGAAGCUGCUGCAGGUUACACUGAAGGGCGGUAGGCACAGCCGCUCUCCCAGCGUGGUCAGCCUCACAGUAGAAACAGCUCUGGGCAGCUUUGACUUCCUCAACACGUCUGACAUGGAGGAGGAAGAGGAUGAGAGGGGUGAGAGGAGGAACAGAAAUGGCAGGUCUCUGCAGGACAGAGGCUGGGACAGCCCCUCCUCCUCCCCCACCUGCCCUCUCACUUCAGGAUGCACCACUUUAGACUGCUCUCUGGUGGUCCAUCUGAAGAACUGCAGUACACAACUGCUGCGCUUGGGUAUGUUUGGUCCUCUGCGGUGUGGAGAGAUGUACGCUCUGGACAGACUGCUGAGAGAGGCUCACGUACUGGAAAUCGCCCGACGCGUCACCAAGGAGAACCCACGACGUACCAGACAGUCUGUUGAAGUGAUACCACAGCUGGGCUUGUGCACAGGUGCUGCAUCACUAUGGCAACAGUGUGUGGGGCAGGGCAGCGUGUACAGCGUCUCAGCUGACAGCUUCCUGGUCACCCUGUCUACACUCUACUCCAACAUACUGUCAGACAGAGCCAGCAGCAUGGCUGACACAGUAUUCUUGUGUCUGGCAGAGCGAGUGCUGGAUCAGCGGUUACCACGGCGAGGCGGCAACAGAGACAAAGUGAUGGUGACGCUGUUCCAGCUGUGGAGUUACCUGGAGGCCAACGGCAUCACCGACAUGGAAACACACAUCACUGAGCUGGCAGAAGAGGUGUGGCUGGUGCAGAGCCUGGCGUCAUGUGACCAGGACGUGAUCGUCCACGCUCUGCGGCGACCUCCAGAGUGCAGCCUGAGGAGAGAGGGACUUCACGCUGUGGCCAAAUUACUCAAAGACCCACGAGGCAAAGUGUCAGCCUCAGCCAGCUCUGUGCUGAGGACUCUGGCUGCUCAGCCCAGACACAGAGAGCAGGCUUUGGUCAGCUGUCUGGAGCUGCUGGAAGAUGAGAAUGUGGAGACCAGAGUCUGUGGAUGUAAAGCCUUAGCUUGUCUCAAGGCCAAAGAAAGCAUCGACCAGUUAGUGUAUCUUUGUCGGACGGACAAGGAGGAAGUCAGAGAUGCGGCCAAACAAGCUCUGCUAGUGCUCGGUGAGGAGGGGAAGAUGGCCCACAGACACGUGGAGAUGUCUCAGGACGGCAUACCGAGACUCUUCGCUCCUGGAAGCAUGGCUAGCACAGCUUUCUAAUGCCACACACACACACACACACACACACACACACGGGUGGCACAGCUUUCAUACAACGUAAUGAGAAAACCCAGUACGCUGUUCAUCCACCCCGUUCCCAUCACUAAAACAUACAGAGACAAUAUAUAGCACAUGAUAUCUAGUAUACACUGUCAAAGAGUUCACAUCAUCACAUCAUCAACUACAUCUGCACUCAUCACUGGGCAAACAUUUAGUCAGUAAGCUACACAAAACCAAUCUAAUAUAUCAACCUGUGCUAACUACUCAGAGAAAAUCAGUUGGACUGUAAAGAUGCUGGGGAGAAUGUACAACGUGAGGAGGCUUGAACGGAAAGACGGAUAAAAGAAGGGAUGGAAGGCUGGAAUGGGGGAGUUAAGAGAACGGGGGGGGGGGGGGGAGAGCAUGUCUGUGAGUCAUAUUCAGGUAAUAGAGUUCCCACUUAUUCCUCGCCAUGGCAGACAUGUCCCUCCACUGCUCAGACACACACACAUAUGAUUUUGAAGUAAGCUAGAAAAAAAGUCUACAGAGCUUUUUAAAGUCACCCUGUCAGAUAACUCAUGUAGUCAUAGUCGACUAAGUGCCAAAAAACUUUCUUUUUUUUUUAGUUUCUUGUAUUUUUGAUAUCAGUUACUUUGACUUAAACUGUGGGCAAACAUACAGGAGAGGGAAUAUAACAUUCUGCUGUAUAAUACUACCACUAACCCUGCCAUUACAUUCAACUCCAUUUCCUACUCAAUACUGCUGUCUCUAGUUUAGACUCAAGUUUGUUUUUGAACAGCCCAGCUUGUUCUAUGAAGUGACAACUGAACAUUAACAACUGGCUGUUUUUCACAUAGCACUGCCUAUACUGUGGCCAUUAAUCUAUUCACUGUCUGCAGUACUCACACCAGGGCUGUGGUCAAGACAGAGAGUCCAGUCCAAGUCAAGUCAAGUCAAAGUCUGAGCGGGUUUUAGAUUCCAAAUCAAAACCAAGAACAGAGAAACAAAACAGUCUGCCCUAAAUGUUUCAUUAUUUAUUUAAUAAACAUCUUCCAUAAUUAGUUACAUUUAUCCUUUGGGAAUAAUGUUUUUGUCCAAUUUAAGGUGCAAAUGAGAUUUAAUCCAGGACUGAUUAACAUUCUAUUAAAAUAUCUAUUUAUAUUGGAAUGGUAAUAUUCACUCAGUUAACUAUUAACUACCCAACAUCCUAACACACAUUUGUGUAUCAAACAUUGCAAAAACAAAAAUUGGAAAAUGUAUAUUACUUAUUGACAGUGCCAAACAAUGAUGCAAUAUUAAAGAGUUCUUAUGGAGGACUGAUAGCAGUACAGUCAGAUAUGUGGCAAAAAAGGCACAAAAAAAGAAAGCUAGACUGCAAUAGGUUGGACUGUUGACUGAGGCCAAGACAAGUACUAAUGAAAACACACGUGACUGAGAUAAUUGAAAAGUGAGAGUGCUACAGCCCGACCUGGUAUACUAUGUAAUGCACCCCAGAAUGGAAACGAUGAAGCUUCAGAGGAAGUCGUCAUGCCCACAUUUGACCGGUGCACAGAAACUGUGAUUGACUCACAUAAAUGGGAAAAGCAUUGGUUUGUUCUCAAAAAUAUAGAAAUUCUGGAGUCAUUCAUAGGAAUUUCUUUUUCACUGCUGGAACAACUAAGAGAUUAUUGAGAUAGAGAACUCAUUCAGAUCCAUAGAGACAGAAACACUGGUUUUGAGGAUUGGUUUGCUUUGGAGUUAUUGGUUGCUGUAGUCACAAUGUCACAAUUCACAUCACCUGUGCUGGUUGUGAGGUUAUUUGCUUAUAGCACUGCUGCACAGGCAAAGCCUCAGUAUGCUUCAAAAGAACUAGUUUGUAUGAUGUGUCAUCCCAACACAUCUAAUAGAAAAAGAGUCUUAAUGGUUCUGACAGCUUUCUGACAUAUAGUUGGAUUGUUACAUAAAUGGUCAGACAGCAGUGAGGUUUCAGAUGCUGUUAGACACACAAGUACUUCACUAGAAGCAUACUGAGGCCUAGAGGUGGGGGAACCACAUCCACAGCUCUUGUUUCAUUCAAAGAAAAACAAAUCAUUCAAAGCAAUUAUGAAACGCAUCCUGAAGAUCUUCAUUUUUGAGUGCAAACCAGUACUCGUCCCGACCGAGCUGAACUUCCUUCAUCACAGAAGGAGCAUCAAAGUCUUGAUGUAGGAGUGUCGAAGUGUCCUGUAGGUCAUAGGACUGUGUGGGAGGAGAGCCAAAAUAAUUCUAGAGAUUUUUUACUAGGUUGUAUAGGUUGAUAUGAUGGGAAAAGAUAUGUCGUACUGUAUAUUCUUACAUUCUUCCUGGACCUAUGACUAUAGAGCUAGAGUCCUUUUAGCCAAUGGUAUAAAAAAAAAAAAGCCACUUGUACAUGGUGAGCAGGCGGUGCUGCAGCGUGUUGCUCAGGAUGAUACACUGUGGCUGAUGCAGGGAGGGAACCUGUGACAUUGUAGAUACUACAGCUCAAACAGCCAGCAGCAUGUCUGACCUGGCAACAAAAAAAAAAAAAAGAAGAUCCAUCUGCUUCCUGUCCCGUACCUGCAACACUGCUGGCUCGUUAACUGUGAAACGUCUUUCAAUUCAAAAGAUAUCAAAUAAGACAAAAAGAACACGUAAGCUUUUCAUUCUCUGUCUCGCAGGCCAUUCUGUUAAAUGUUUAAAAAAAAAAAAAAAAAAAACUGGCAACGGAUUAAAAAAAGAAAAAAGUAUAACUCACACUGUAGUUUUGUAUAAAGGUUUGAGACUGUAGAAAACUUAAGUUGCUUCUGCACAGAGAAUGGUUUAAGCAAUUCAGUGCCAUUACUCUUUACAUAUCGUAUUGUUUAUGAUGAUACAUAUAAUAUGACUAUAUGCCACUGGAACUAAAUGUUAUUUGAUUGUAAAUUGUUUUUAUUUUAGCAGAGUCUUAAUUUGUAAAUGUAUACUUUGUUUUUCUGAGAUGCUUUUUUUUCUUUCUAUUUUUUCUUUUUUUUUUUUUUUUAAUGUAUAAUGACACAGUUUAUCUUCAGUCAUUCAACCAAUCAGUUUUAUUGAGCUGAUUCAUUGACUGACUGAUUAGGACAGUACUUUCUUUGGCACUCAAUUGUGCCACUCACAUCUCUGCUGUAAUGGGUGGUGGAUUUUUGUCUGAAGUUAGUGAAUAUUUAGAAUGAUCUCACAGACAGCUGUGAGGACUAAAUCACUGAGCAGAGCAAACAAGCACACGCACCUCUGGGAUCAGCUCACUAAUAAUUGAUUUUCAUUUGUAUUGGAAUGCUUAUAUGUUUGAAUAUGUUUGAAUAGGAAUGAUUCAAAUAGGAAUGGAUCUAAUUUAAAGGGUCAUACCACUGUUUUUGCAUGUUUUAUGCGAUUUACUGUACAUGACAUACUAAAGUCUUUACAUUUCUGCUGACCGUUUUCCAAAAUAUGAAGGCACAUUGCAUUCACUAAAGAAAAAUAGUGAAUGCCUUAGUGUGCCAGUGUUUCCCCCUGGUUGAUUACUGUGGGUGGGGGGCCGCAGCAGGGGGGAGUAACAGAACAAGUGUGGUUAUUAUCAGCUAUAGUAACAUUAACUUCACUUCACCUAGUCACCCCUCCAAGACAUGCAAUUAUGACCUCUCUUUAUCAUAAAUAUGAGUUAGUAUCUCAUAAUUACAAAAUGUGUAUCUUAUAAUUAUGAAAAACAGCCACAAUUAUAUCUUAUAUCUAUGAUUUACUAACUCAUAAUUACAAGAUCUGUAAAUAUAGUUUUUUAUAAUUAUGAAAUAAGAUCUCAAAAUGUGGGAUAUUUUCUCUUGUAUUAAAUUAUGAGAUAUUAAGUCAUAUUUAAGGGGGAAUGUCUCCAUUUUCUAAACUAAAAAACACCACUGACUUGAAACCAGCUUAAAAUACAGACACUGUAAUUCAUCCCACUAAACGUCUAAAUGUCUACGAUGAUCAUGUAUUUACAUUUAAAAGCAGACUGUUCUUCACUGUUAUGGAUUACCAUAAUCAAGAAGGUUUAAACUCUUUACACGUUUAUUUCAUACAUAUACAUUAAAAAAAUGUAACACUGUAAGCUUGGAAAACGGCCAGCACUCAUGUCCAGAAUGUGUGUUUUCAAGACGGGAGAAGGGAAUAUGUAAAAACACUGGUAUUAUUCUGUAAUAGCAAUGGCCAUAUUUUUGCAGGUUAAACAAAAGUGUACAUGAAGUAUUGUAGCAUUAUGCAUCACUUUCUUCAUAGUCCACCAUGUUUUUCACACUGAGUUUGGCCAGUCAGUGACAAUGCCUAAAUGUUCAGCCCCAUGAUAAGUAUGUUCCUGUUUAUUGUAAUGUUGAUUCAUUAGAUUCACAGUGACACUGGUAACAGGUCUGUUGACAGUGUUUAGAUGCAUCCCAAUCUCAUACUGCAUACUACUGUACAAUGAGGUAAACACUGUGUGUUAAUGGUUGGUGGUGCUCUUUUCUGGCAGUAUGAAGCAACAUUUGUAAUAACAGGAAAUGAUAUGUAAUUCUUAGCCACAUGGCUCUAGUGAGGGCAGUUGGUCUACCACAAAUAGACCGACAAAUACACAGUUUUCGUUGCAGACAUUCUGACUUUUAAAAGUAGAAAAGGGCACAGGCAUAAAUAAUAACACUAACAAUGAUGACUUCAUUCCAUUAAAUAUCCCAGUAUGUCAGUUUGUGAACAUGUUUAAUACCAGAGCCAUGCAACUGGCUCACCCAUUAGUGUUAUUCAUUCUACCUGUGCUGUUCCUGCUUUGACGAGUCAAAAUGUCUAAAAAGUCUUAAUGUUAAUGAAAUGUAGUGUUGACCCCCUCAGGAUGAAUUGUGUUAGCUUUGGCUAUCCUCUGACUAUUCAUGUAGCAACUUUUCAUCAUCAGAUCAACAUUUUAAUGUGUAUAAAACGUUGGUUUCCCGUCAGCAUCAGCUUUACUGUAUUAGUUGCUACGCUAACACGCUAAACCAAGUUGGUGAGCUAGUAAAAGUUGCCUGCUAACACACCAACAUGCUAAAGGAAAAUUGUAGCACUUAUCAAGCCUGGGGGUUAUUUUUUUUUAAUGUUAUCUAUUCUGACUAUGCGUCAUGCUAAUUUAAGACCCUCUGCAAAACAGCAUAGAUGAAUGUAUAAAUUGUGCAGAACAGCUAAUUUGAUUAGCCAACAAGUUGCCCAUAGAAGUUUAAGCAGUUCACUUCAAUAGCUAAUUGAAGGGGCUCAUUUUGUCUCAUAGUCAAAACGCCCACGUUGAAAAAUAGGCCGACAUCAACUUUCUUUAUUUUAACAUUAUCAUUGGGAGCAUGUUAGCACCGUAGCACAAAGUACUGCUGUGUGUAAGCUAUGUACAGCCUCACAGCGCUGCUAGCAUAGCUGCACACUUGUUUUUUUCCAUUGUGUCUGAACCGUUGCACCACCAUCAACCACACUGCUAAAUGAAACCUCACUCGCUCUUUUUUUUUGCAAAGUAAACAUGUUACAUUUUAUUAGUGUACAGUAUGAAAUGGGGACGCAGCUACUGUCUCCAAUCAGGAGGGUCCAAGUUCCUAAUGUACAAUGUGCCAACCCUGUUUAUUCCCAGAGACUGACGGUUAUUUCUAAUGGAACAAAUGUUGCUGGCAAAAACUAAAUUGUACUGAGAAUCUACGAAGUUCAAGACUGUUAUGAGGAACAAAUCUCUAUACUUGUAAAGAUGUAACUAUCUAUGAAUGAGAGAUUAGGGCCGUUUCUUAAAAUAGACUUUUGAGUUCUAUGAAGUAAAAAAUAAAGUCAGAAUUCUGAGAUUAAAGAAUUCUGACUUUAUUUUUCUCUAUGAAUUUUGAGUUUAUUCUCAGAUUUCAAUAUCCAGAUUUUAAUCUCUGAAUUUUUAAAUGUUUUCCACAUAGCCCUAAUCCUCUGCCAUAGCUCAUAAAAGUAACUACCCCUUUUUUAUUUAAAGCAAUAAGAAAUGACUGCUGUACUGUUGUUUCCCUGAAAAGAACUGACAUCCAGAUAUGACUUUCAGCUGUUACAACAGAGGUCAGGGCUGAUUCCUAGUUGUAGAUUGUGUACAAUUUUCCUGUUUAUUUCUACUUUACAGCAUACUAAAAGUGACUGUGUCACUGGAAUCAUAGGACCAAUAUCAGGUGCGGAGGGGGAGGGGGAGGGGGGGGGGGGGGGGACUUACUGUAUGUAUAUGUGAUCGCUACCACUGUAUUCAUUGUAUUUACCACUAUGUUUAGUUUCUAUAGGACAGCAGCAGUCUGCAGCUUUACCUCUGCAUCCAUAAAGCAUCUCAGUGUUUAAGUGCCUCGAGGUUUGAUAGUGACAGAGAUGCAAUAAGACAUAGAUGAGAUACUUUAUUUAAGAAUGAAGAGAGUGUGAGACAGUGGGAAACACUGCAGCACAGUAUAUAUAUUUUUUUUUCCACAAGCUUGAUAAACUGUGCGGCAUUUGAAACAAAAUGUUCUUUUUUUUUUUUUUUUUUUCUAAAAUAUAUUUCCAGGCAUUCUGGUGUCAAAUAUAUACAAACUAUUAAAAAUGUGUUUAAAGAUU